AUGAAAAUGGAAUCCCAGCGCAAAUCAUCGUCCCAGUGUAACGACAUUUUCUCUAAAAGUUCUUGGCUUUUUCCUUUUUUAUCUAUGUCGUUAACGAUUGCGUUGUUUCUGCGAAUGGAAGCCAUAAACAAUAAGACAGAGAUUAAUGACAUGCGGAUUUACAAAGUUGAAAGCCAAAUGAAGAUUGUGAUGACCUUCCAUGCAACCGAUGACGAGAACGUGAAAUUGUCCCAAGGUAGGCGUGGGUCCGCUUUAACUUUUUUUUGUAACUUUUAGUUCAGAAUUUAAAUAGUUCGCCGUGGAAAAACGAUGAAGCCUUUUUAUAAAAUCAUUACCGGGUACCUUGGAGCCUAAUGCAGAAUGAAAAAGGACACACAUGGCCACCAUUCGGUGAUCAUACACCAUUGUUUUUCAGACUUUUAAGACAAAUGCUACAGAGUAAUAAUUUGGUCGGCGAUCAUCAAACGAGUGACGGAGAUUUGACGAGCUAACGAAAAACAGUAAGACAACACAAUUACCCUUUCAGUAUGAAACAUGUCUCUAAUUUCAAAAUGAUGCAGUUUAAGACAUUUACUCGAAUUCUUCGCGAGAUAACUACAAAAAUCUUUCUUUCCUUAACUGUUAGCUUGUCGUUUAAAAGAAAACCAGUUUAAACGAUAGAAGCUGUAUUCCAUUUGAUGUGGGUUUCACUGUCAUAAUAAUCACGACAACAGGACGUAGGAAACGUUAUUUAACGUCAUUUGAUACUGCUGCACUAAAACCAAAUAACCCAUUUUCCUGUUUUGAUGUAAGAUGGUGAGAAUUUUCCAGAAGGAUUUGCAUACUUACGCGAAGUGUUAUCAAAGAAGAUCAGGUUAUAAAAUUUGCUUGAAAUUUAUUAAGUUUUCGCUUUUACUUCAUAUUUCAUGCUGAGAAAAUGCGAUGUGUGCCGUCUUUUUGUAUUUUUUUUUUUUUUUGAAUGUCUUUCCCCUCUAGAUCUUUUCAAAAAAACGAAAUGGAAACACUGGAGAGAGUAAAGGACUGAAUAAUGUCUACGCGGCAUAUGUCUUUUCACUUUUUAAAUAAAUGUUCUUCAUGUCGUACAAUACAAUAGAGAGUCCUCAUCUAUAAUUUCACCAACUCUCUUUCUCAGUAACUUGUGUAAUCUCGCUUCCUUUCAGAGUCUAUGAAAUCGCUGCUCAGUACAAGAAUUCGACGCAGCAUGAACUCAGCAAGCAACAGCUCGCCGUCAAUAGAGGAUGUACGCCGUGAAAUUAAUAUACGAAUAAGCCAACUGAAACCACAAUCCUGGUGUCAGCCUUCAAAAAAUGCCUGCGUCCCAGGUCCUCCGGGUGAAAAAGGAAGUAGAGGUUCCAGAGGAAGACGAGGAAGGUCUGGUGACAAGGGUAAGAGAGGUGCACGUGGUAUUAUGGGUCCUCCUGGCAGACAUGGUAAGCAAGGCAUAAUUGGAGUUCCAGGAAUAAAAGGAGAGAAAGGAGAGAAAGGUAAAGCAUUCAUAAAUAAGAAUUUUAAAUUAAAAAGUUUUUAAUACAAUCAUUUACAAAUGUUUUUUAAUCAGUAUACAGUUAGCAUUGUCUACCACACACGCAAUUGAAAGCCUUUCUGAUAUCGUGAGCUCUAGCAUAUUUGAAUUUUCUCAUUGCAACAGUAAUGUCAACAACAAUUCUAUUUUUCCUGUCAGCGUUCAAAAUUGACAUGCUCCUGGUCAGCUAACAGCCAAUUCAAGGUUCAAGUUCACUCUCUAAUUUCUUAAACUACAUGAUUAUAAAGGUCGGAAACAUGGAUAGCGCUCUCAUUAGGUUGACUUCGAAAUUUUAUGAUGACCUUAAAUUUAAUACCUUUAACAGGCGCAAUGGGUCCCAGGGGAAUAAUGGGACUGAAGGGUGAUCCGGGAGAAUCUAUUUCAAUUCCAGAGGCGAUGGUAUCUCCUAGCUACUGCCUGGACAACUCUUGGUUUCCAGCGAAAGCCUGGUGGGUAAAGAUAUCUUUUCUCCUUCUGGGAAGCAACGUUGCAGCUCCUUUCAACAAAAGAAAAUACCCUUGUAAUUCUUCCUUGCUCUAACACCUCUAAUGGGUCGGGUCUGUUUUAAGAAUAAUCAGGGGCACCCAAGGAGGGUUUCCUCCUAGUACAUCAGUUAAAAACACUUUUUCGGCCAUCCAGAGUACUUUUAGAUCUCUAGAAAAGCAUUCUAAGCGGCGCUAUAAAAUUUGUAUCUGUUCGGUCAUCCUAGAGGAACUUGAGUCUUUUGGAAAUUACAAGGGCUUCAGCAUUAUUUUCCCGAAAAUUUUAGAUGAAAUUUGACUUAUUACGAAAGCGAGACAUUUUCUUGUUCCUCUCUCCAUCACAAUUUUGAAUCCGAAAAUUUUAGGCUUCUUUUUUUCUAUGAAAAAUAGCCUAACUUGGGAAGUAAUAUGCGAAAAUUAAACUUCAGAAAAUCGUAGGGAAUUUAUUAGAUAAGCGUAGAAAAUUGUACAUGAAUGGAAAGGUCAUCUAGAAACUUUUAGCCGUCCUCAGGAAAUAGAUCGUUUUCACUGUCACGCAACAAAAAAAUAAAUUGGAAACCGUCAGGUGGAAGAAGCCAUGAAAAUGAAAUGUUAAAAAAGACUAAUGUAUAAACAAUUUUUCCAAGUUUCAGGUCUUUGUGGCCCACAGUUUCUGAGGUAUUUGCCGAAACUUUUCAUGGACCUUUGUAGAGCUUUGUAUAUAUUGGCGUACCGUUUAAGUGCACCAAUAUGGCCGCCGGAAAUCAACAAAAACAUCUGGAGUUCACUUUUUCUAUAAAAAAAAGCGCUUUCUUUUCACUCGACAACUAGCAUACGUGCGCAUAAACAUAUCUUUUAAUACCUGAAAUGGUUAUACUGUUGAAGGAGGAGACUGAGACUUUUUUUCAACGAGACAGCAUUCCUAUUUUGGUGUCACGCGCUGUGAAAACUCAGAAGUUCAAAUUGCUGUAUUUUCGAAAUGAAACAUGCAAUGGGAAUGGAAACCUGUACAAAUAUUUACUUUUUGUUUAUCAUCAAGCUAGUGUAAAUAAGAAUUCGUAAAACCUCUCUAUUUUGACUUUACAAUUUGAUGACGUCACUGUGCAAACCAACUAUAGAACAUUCUAGGCAAUAUUUGCUUCUCCGAACAGAUAUUUUAAAGAAAAUAGUCGUUGGGUGUCCCUGAAUAAUAAUACUUCGAGCAACGCAGUCAUUGACUAUUUGAAAAGAAACGCCUCAAGUAUAAGGCAUUUCUGUACUUAGAAGUUGACAAUUACGUCUUUUUUUUUUGUUGUUUUUUUUUUUAACUCAGUUGUAUAUUCAGUGGAACAUGUUAUUGGAAAUAGAUCCUCUAGAGUAAAUCAAUCUGAACAUUCCCUGUACACUAUCGUGGUACAAGCCAGGAGUAAAACAUAAAGAGUAGUUCGGGCUUAUUUGCUAUCAAGUUAUAUCUUUUUCUUUUUUAGUUUCCUGUGACGCUGUUGUAACAAAAUUUUCAUCAAGCAGAAUCUAUAACCUUAACAUUCAGUCUACACAAUUCCAGGUGAGCUAACAUGGCAGCUAAUUAUAAACACAUCACUCUAGCUUUUUUUUUAAUUUUUUAAAUGAAUUAUUUCAUAUAUACUUCACAUCAAAAAAGGUUUAAUAAAAAAAAACAUAGCGAAAAUGGUCCUGUUCUCGAAAACUCCAAGAUUUUGAUCCCUUUUCUUUGAAAAUGUCGUUUCUCGAGGAAACGUUCAGCCGAAGAGUAACGUAUUAACCAAACAACUACCUCUCCUGGUAUAAAAUCCUAAAUGAGAGGCCUUAGAAGAAUCAAUAGUCAUUAUGCAAAUUUAGCGCUCUAUCGAAGUUAACAUCCAUGAUAUUUAAUGUCAAAUUUUUCUUCAGUACCGUCGAGCCCUGGCGUUGAACCGCCACUUACGAACUAACCCCCACAGACGGGCACCCACCGCGCCAGUGGUACUGGCAAUCUCAGCCUUUUUAACUUCUCGGGAGCAGACACCUCACGCAAGCGGACAUGGACAUGGUUUCGAGGGUACCCGCUUAUGGGAGUUUACAGCUAUUAAGCUGAGCCGAGAGGCUUUUCAUAUAUGUUCUCUUAGCUGAGCGGAACGCACACAUUUCCGAACUUUAGUAGGUUAUUGCUUUUUUCCUUUUGGUUUCUUUUACACAGGUGUAUUGUGACAUCACAUUGCAAGAUACACCAUGGACUCUUAUCGCCAGAUUUUCAAAUCGCGACACCAAGUCCUGGAUGCGAGAUGAUGGUCUCUGGUGGUAUGACCAAAAUGCUUCCAUGGGAACAACAACUGAUCCGUCGGUCAAUGGGGACAUGAUCUCACCAGCUUUCUGGAUGGUUAGAGGUGGCGAAUUUAAGAUCACGCGCAGUGAUGAUUCCAGUCACACGCCACUGCUGCAGACCACGGGGAACUGUUUGGGUGGACAAACAUUUCGAUCAAAAAUCACAAGUUAUGGUAACUUUAGAAACGGCAAGGUUUGGUCCAGUGACAGGUGCCUGGGAAGCUGCACGGUUCAAUAUGGCGGUCAGUAUAAGACAACAGACGGGUUUCAACAGGCUGAGUGUAGUAGCGACAUCCAAAGUAGCAAUAAGAUAGGCUUCUGGUGUGACUGGGAUGGUGGUGAUGGAUCAGUGAUGAUGAUUGGAGGAGGAGGAAGUGGCUGUGACCGCGCUGAUCAUGGGAUUGGAAUAACAGAAGCGAACGACGCUUCUUUUGGAUACGCAAAUGAAAAUGACUUUGGAUAUAUCGCAGAAGCGUCUUAUUCAUUAAACUUGUGGAUCCGUUGA